CCAAAAUGGUGUCACCCCUGAACCCACUCCGACACGCCAACGUAAAUGACCACAGAAGGAGCAGAGCCCUAUAAAAAGAGAGAAGGCAGCGCUACACUUUAUCCAUCUCGCAGCAAACACAGGCUCAUCCAUCCGCACUUAACGGGGAGAAACUACCAUGGCUCCUGGAAGAACUUCAUCCGCGUUCCAGUUGCUGCUGCUGCUGCUGCUGGGUCUGGCGGUGGUGGUGAAGGCAGGAGCCAUAAUCCCACAGAGCCCAGGAUGCCCGAUUACCGAGGACAAGAAAUUCCCUCAGCAUGUGAAGCUCAACUUGAACAUCCUUAACCGGAACACAAAUUCCAAAAGGCCCACCGAUUACUAUAAACGGUCCACCUCACCUUGGACUCUCCACCGCAACGAGGACCCCGAGCGGUACCCCUCUGUGAUCUGGGAGGCCAAGUGCAGCCACUCGGGCUGUGUCAACGCUAAGGGGAAGGUCGACCACCACAUGAACUCCGUCCCCAUCCAGCAAGAGAUCCUGGUCCUGCGACGGGAGCCUCAGCACUGCCCACACUCCUUCCGGCUGGAGAAGAUGCUGGUGGCCGUGGGCUGCACCUGCGUCACCCCCAUUGUACGCCACGUGGCUUAAGAGAUUUUGGCCUGAACCUCCCCACCCACUCCCCCUCCACCAAAUCAGUUAGGCUUUCUGAGGAGUAGACCCAGCCCCUUUUCUGACCAAACUCACCAAGGUUCUUAAAGUUUUUCAACAAAUGGAAGUUCCAGAGGGAACACUUUGGUGCAGAUGUGGAAUCUGAACCAUUUUUCCCUUUCCCCAAGGAGGAGGUUUUAGACUGAGUAUGAAUUUGCUUCUUGUUGGCUUUUCUAAUGGCUUUAAGUUAUUUAUGUAUUUAAUAGGCCCUGAGAUAAUUCUGGGUCAUAAGAUUCCAUUUUAAUGAAUUACAUACCUUAUUUUUGUAUUUUUUAAGACAAGAUUCCAGACUUGGGAAUUUUAUUAUUUAAAAGGUUAAAAAACCUCUAUUUAUAUGAGCUAUUUAUGGAUCUAUUUAUGUUUCUUCAGUCUUUAGAGAAAGGUGAGGUAGCAUGAGUAUCUGUUGUGCCUCGGGAAAUCUUAGGAUUAUAAUUCUUAGUUUGUACUGCCUAUGUUCACAGGAUUUUCUCAUUGUCUCUUAGGAGUACAUGACAUGAUUGAAAAGAAAGACUAAACCUCGUUUCAUAUUUAUUAACUUAAUUUUGUAAAUUGUUGACGUUUCACAAGAGAGACGGCAAGUCUAAUUUUGCUCUGUUAAACUCUUGUGAUAAAACCAA